CAUUUUAAAUUUGACCAAUUUCCAGUUUACAUUCUAUUAAUGUGUUUUUUUCAUAAAAGUUAUAAUUAUUUUUAUUUUUAUUAUGUCAUUGACAACGCCUGCAUUUAGCUGCGCUCAAUAAUAGCUAUAUCAUAAUCUGCAAACGUUGAAGGACAUUAAAGCUAAUUACACUGUAAAUACGUCUGUUCGUACAAAACAUGAAACAAUAUUUGUAUUUAAGUUAAGAUUUUAUCUUGUUCUAUUCCAGACAUUGAUGAUGAGACAAGGGCAGACAGACUUGAAAAGGUUAAGGAAUGCAACACCGAGCUGUUGAUAAGCAUUGCUAAAUUAUGCAAAAGGACCGACCGCACCUACCCAGAAGUGGUGUUUUUUUCUUGGAACACCAGGUUCAGGAAAGAGCGCCAUGGUUAACACCAUUGUGAAGGCACUCUGUGGGAAGUUUUAUUCAAAGGCGGUCACGGGGAAAGGAGAUGCUCUAACCAAAACACUCACUCUCCAACGCUUUGUACAGUGUGGCUUAAAGGAGGACGACUUGGAGCCGGUUGAAAAAGAUAUACUUAAUGAAGGUCUGAGUAAACUGCCAACAAUUAUAGACGCUUCAGGGAAAGGAGAUGAAGAUUCGGAAAAAAUCAAAGAGAUUCUAAGGGUCUACUUUGGAGGCUUUGUCCCGCCUGGAACCUCGAUUCAGUUUAUCGAAAAGUUGCAAGAAGAUAACGGCAUUGGAUCAUUACAAGAGCUUUUGGAAUGUUCUGACGAUAAUAAAGUCACAAAAGUGGUGUUUGUGGCUAGUUGUAAACAAUCCUUUCCAGAAAAGCUGGUGGAAUGCCUUCAGUCUGUUUUGCAAGAGUAUGAUAAUCGGAGUGGGAAACCAAAAUAUCCUGUUGAUGUCUUCGUCGUGAUAACAAAGUACGAUUUGGUAAAAGACCAACACAUUUACGAAGCACGCGACAAAGUGGAAGAGUAUAUUACCGAAGAAUGUUUCCAAAAGUUUGAAGCAGAGGUUGCCAAUCAUUUCAGUAUAGAAGGCGCAAUAGAAAACAACAGUAUUCGUUGGGUCAGCUACGUGGAUGGGCAUGGCUCCGACAACCCACACAUCGACAACAUUGCGCUCAGGUUUGUUGAAAAGAUGAUACAACCAAGACGAGGUCAUGAUUACGGGAACCCAUCAAAGAAAGCAGAAGCAAACGUGCCUUUGGUUCGAAAGCGCAAGAUCCUGAAAUUUCAAGCAAAGAAAAAGAUGACAGAAAUAUCAAGAGAAAUGGAUUGGAAGUGUUGGUUUAUCUUUGCUCUUGUCGUCGUCCUUCUCGCGGUGUUUUACAAGUUGCUUACAAAAGACAUAUAGACGUUUUUUUAUAUUUGCUCGCAUAAAGAAGGCCAGCCAAAUAUGUUUAAGCAAAAGUCCAAAACGACGCUUACAUUAAUAAGAUUUAUCUUUUAGGUUUUUACUAUAUUCUUGAUAUAAGUAAGGUUGUGCAAGCAAACUGGUUUAAGACCCCAAUCAAUUUACAUUUCACUGACCUUUUCAAGGCGGUACAUAACAAUCAUUGAUAAACACAUCUAGUUUUUUUAUAUAGCACAUUAAUGCACUGUGUUGUCUGUGGAGCUUUGUGCUGUUGUUUGUGCUGUGCCUUUUUUGUUAUUUGUGCAUUUUUUUUUGUUAUGUUCUAUGUCUUUGGCGUUCACCCUGUGCCAUUAAACGGGGUCUAUGUUUCAACUUAUGAGCUUGUCUCUGUAAUUUUUCGUAUUAAUUUAGGAAAAAUCUGUACUGUUUUCGUCAUGAUAGUAUUAUUUUGUCAAAUACUUAUUGAUUGGCAAUAUUACAAUAAAGAGUGACUAAGCUGAAUGUAACCAUCAAACGGGCUUUAAUAUGAUACGAUACUAUUUAAGCAUAAAAAAUUGCUACAUUGAUUACACCGUCAGAAUAACAACGCGAUUCAUGAUACCGCUAUCAUUUAUAUAAUUAAUUGUUUGUAAUUUAAAGGAGUUUUUUUAGGGAAAACGUUUCGUUUAUAUUGCAUAAAAAAUAUGCAACAAUGGUAUUUGUUUUAUGUGUGUUGACAAACUCACAUUUGACAUUGGAAAUACACUGUAUAUUGUAAUCGUUUUUGUUUUUGUUAUAACAAUGGUGUUAAGAAAUUUCUUGAUACUGUUUGUAUUCCUAUAAUGGCAAGUUCUUUAGGAAAAUGGUGUAUAUUGUAGUUGUAUUUUUGCUUUAUUAACGUUAUCAUUUUGAGGGUUUCCACAACUUGUAUUUGGAAUAAAAAAGAGGCUUAUUUUAAGCCUAAAAUAAAAUGCGUAAUUGCUUUUGUUUGAAUAAAAUGUUAGGAAACCGCUUAACUCGUUUGUUUAGAACUGAUGAAAAUAAAUGU